CCCGAAUGGAGAAGAAAAAGAAAAAAGAAUCUUGAGAUUUCUCUCAACAUCUUCCGCAGUUGGUCGAGAGGGCUAUGAUGGAGGAGGAGAAACUCUAUCAGGUUCUCGAAAUCAACUUAGUAUCUGCUCAAAACUUGAAGGUUCCUUCGAAAAUCAGUGGCAAAACUAGAAGAACUUAUGCGGUUAUUUGGGUUGAUGGUUCAUUGAAUAAAUUAAGAACUCGAACAGACUGUUAUGGAGGAGAAAACCCUACUUGGAACGACAAGUUUCUCUUCCGGGUUUCUUCUGACCUCGUCACCAGCGCCACCGCCGGAUUCACCGUCGAGAUUUACGCCGCGGGUCACCUGAGAGAUUCUCUCGUCGGUAGAGCCAGGUGCCUCUUGAGUAGCUGCCUCGGAAAGCAGAUCACGCCGGUUUACGUCCACCGGCCAUCGGGAAACUUCCACGGGAUCUUAAACGUCGCAGCCGCAAUUUCCGAGGUCGGGGAGCAGGCCGGUACGGAUUCAGGCAUAUUCCAGGGGUCUUCCAUGGUUAGUUUCCAUGAUUUGACUAGAAGUAAAGCUAGAGUCAAAGAGGAGAGUUUUUUUAGGAGGCUGAGGCUGGUUAGAUCGUCGCCGUCGUUGUCAGCCAUGUCAACGCCGCCGCCGCCAGCCUCGCCGUUGACUACUAAAUCGAAAGAGGUUUCAACGAUGAAGACUGCAAUAUCAGAUCCGUCCUUAUUCACAAUGAUGUUAUCAUCAUCGUCGUCUUCGUCGUCAUCGCCAACUCUGUCGUCGGACGAUGAGCCUGAUAGUAGAGCUGCACAUAGAGAUUCGAUGGAGAUUCAACUGGCAGAAUGAGAGAAAGAAACAACUUUGAUUCUUUAGAUUCUCCGAGUUGAGAGUAUAGUGUUUUAUUGUCUUCGUUUUUGUGUGUACUUAGCUAAAUUCAUUAGGGUAUUCUUUUCAGGGUGUUCUUGUACCGUCAUAUAUAAACUAAUUGUUACAUUUAUUCAUAUUGGCAGGCUAAAAUUAACCUCAACUAGUCGCGGAGUAUAAGG